GCUACUCUGUCAAAAUUGAGGAAGAAGAAUUAAAUCCAGAGAUGGCGAGGCAGACGGAAAGUAAAAAUUACAAUAUAAGGCUUAUUGACACGCUCUACAGUCAAGUUCCAGCUUUCACCGAUGUGUUUGACGAGGACACUUGGUACAUUUUCGUCAUUUAUUUUGUCGCGAGCACCUUUCUGGUGGCAUUUAUUCUCUCGAGAUUCAUCACUUUACAUCCCGUUGACUAAAAGACUGCGAACGGCAAACUCGAUUCACAAGAUGAUGUCCGAUAUAUGUUCCUCAAUGUCAAUCGACUCAAUUCCUACGCAUUCAAUGUCAUUGAGCCAUCGAGUUUUUUAUACGCGCGUCGCAAACCUUUAUAUACUAAAAAUCAUCUCGUUUUCACGCAAUUAAAGCGGCAAGCUUCUGCGCGCUGGUUAGCGUUGCAAA